GGGCUCGGGGCGGAGAGGGCGGGACGGCGGCCGAGGGGCCGGGCCUGAGGUGAAUCUGCUUGGCGGCGGCGGCUGGGAGCCACGGGCAGCCUGCGCUCGGGAGUCCAGGCUUGAGUGGGAAGGAGAAGAGCGGAGGCGCGGGACGAGGAGGCUUCGCAGGCCAGGCCCGCCGCUCCGCCGGCGCGGUGACCCCGCGGCUCCCCCGGCCCGGUCCGGCCCGGCCCGGCGCGGCGCGGUGCGGUGCGGCCCGAGGCGGUUGGCGCCGGGAAGACGCGCGGCUUGAGGGACACCUCCGGCGGCCGUCAUGACCGAGGACUCGGCCCCCCUGCCCUGGUCCAUCAACCGGGACGACUACGAACUGCAGGAGGUGAUCGGAAGCGGAGCAACCGCGGUGGUGCAAGCAGCUUACUGCACACCUAAAAAGGAGAAAGUGGCCAUCAAGCGGAUCAACCUUGAGAAAUGCCAGACCAGCAUGGAUGAACUCCUGAAAGAAAUUCAAGCUAUGAGCCAAUGUCAUCACCCUAAUAUUGUGUCUUACUAUACGUCUUUUGUGGUCAAAGAUGAGCUGUGGCUUGUCAUGAAACUGCUCAGUGGAGGAUCGGUUCUGGAUAUUAUUAAGCACAUUGUGGCCAAGGGGGAACACAAAAGUGGAGUCCUAGAUGAGCCUACCAUUGCUACAAUACUUCGAGAAGUCUUAGAAGGGCUGGAAUACCUGCAUAAAAAUGGGCAGAUUCACAGAGAUGUGAAGGCCGGAAAUAUUCUUCUGGGAGAGGAUGGCUCAGUACAGAUCGCAGACUUUGGGGUUAGUGCUUUCUUAGCAACCGGAGGUGAUAUUACAAGGAAUAAAGUUAGAAAGACCUUCGUUGGCACCCCCUGCUGGAUGGCACCAGAAGUGAUGGAACAGGUUCGAGGUUAUGAUUUCAAAGCUGAUAUCUGGAGUUUUGGAAUCACAGCCAUUGAACUAGCCACAGGGGCAGCUCCAUAUCACAAAUAUCCACCAAUGAAGGUCUUAAUGCUGACACUGCAGAACGACCCUCCUUCUUUGGAGACUGGUGUUCAAGAUAAAGAAAUGCUGAAAAAAUACGGCAAAUCAUUUAGGAAAAUGAUUUCCUUGUGCCUUCAAAAGGAUCCAGAGAAAAGACCCACAGCAGCAGAAUUGUUAAGGCACAAAUUUUUCCAGAAAGCAAAGAAUAAAGAAUUUCUUCAAGAAAAAAUACUACAGAGAGCUCCUACCAUUUCGGAACGAUCUAAAAAGGUUCGUAGGGUGCCAGGCUCCAGCGGCCGACUCCACAAGACAGAGGACGGAGGGUGGGAGUGGAGUGAUGACGAGUUUGAUGAAGAAAGUGAGGAGGGGAAAGCGGCCAUCUCCCAACUCAGGUCUCCUCGAGUGAAAGAAACAUCCAAUUCUGAGCUCUUCGCGUCCGCAGAUGCCAUGGGUACUUUGCUCCAAGUUCCAGAACAGAUCUCUGCUCAUCUACCUCAGCCAGCUGGGCAGACACCUCCACAGCCAACCCCCAUUUCCCUCCCUCCCCCUGCAGAGCCAGCCCGGCCGGCCCAGGCGCUGUCUCCCGGAGCAGGUCCUCAGGAAGCCAAGGUCCCUAUUAGCCUGGUACUAAGAUUAAGGAAUUCUAAGAAAGAACUCAAUGAUAUUCGAUUUGAAUUUACUCCUGGGAGAGAUACAGCUGAGGGUGUCUCUCAGGAGCUCAUCUCUGCCGGCCUGGUGGACGGACGAGACCUAGUCAUCGUGGCAGCUAAUUUGCAGAAAAUUGUGGAAGAACCUCAAUCAAAUCGAUCUGUCACUUUCAAACUGGCAUCAGGCGUGGAAGGCUCGGACAUCCCGGAUGAUAGCAAACUAAUAGGAUUCGCCCAGCUCAGCCUCAGCUAAAACCCAGCCGCCCCGCCCAGAGGCGGCCGACAGAUUCCACCUGCUGGGAUCUCUGUGUUUGCUUCUCUUGGCCUCCAUCCACUACUGCCAAAGAAUCCAGCCACCAACCUCCUGGCCGAGAGCUUUCGACUGCCUUCAUCUUUCUGUUGGUCCUGCCAUCAUUUCCCCCUUGUAUCCCACUGAGAAAGGAAAAACAAAACAAAACACCAUUCCCUCUCAAGAGCUCUCCGUUACUAAACCUUCUAUCUACAAUGUCGGCCCUUCCGGUCUCUCCCCGAUCUGGACCCCCCCCCCCCCCCCCCCCCCCCCCGUGUGCCUCAAGGCCCAGCCAAGGACGAAUCUCAGCUCAUUCUUGCCUUACUCAAGCCAUGGCCUCCCCCUGUGGAAUACCUGGGUGGCCAUUUUGGGUGGCCAUAUUGGAUUGUUUCCACCAACCCCACUGGCCCCCCUCCCCAACACCUGCCAGGAUGUUUCGGGGGGCAAGGGCUAGGAUAGGUGAACGUUCCGGGGGAAAUAUAUCUGCCCACUGAAGUGUUAGUACAAAGUUGAUUGUUCAGCUGGAGCCCAUAGAAUUUGAUUCGUGGUUUGGGGCUUUUUUUGUGGUUUUUGUUUUGUUUUGUUUUGGUUGUGUAUGUAAUUUUUAUUUUAUUAUUGUUGCUUUGUACCUAAUGUGAAUUCUAGCAAUCUUUGGGGUUUUUUUUUGGGGGGGGGCGAUAAAAAAAAGCACAACCUCUCUUUGGAGGCAGCCUAAAACCUAUUUGUUGUCAUCGUUGUUGGGUUGUUGUUGUUGCCAUGGUUCCUGUCUUCUGCCGGAGCUGUUUCUCAGGCACCCCCCUCUGCUGUUUUUCUUCCAGAAAGGGGCUGCCAAGCCUUAACCUCAGCUCCUGCAAAACAUCCGAAUAGGACACACUUCAGCCUUCCUCAGAUCCUUCACAAAAGGGUUUUUGUUGUUGUUGUUGAUCAUUGUUGUUUUGGGUUUGUCUGUUUUUUCCUUGCACAAAAAGACAUCAAGGAAUAGCUUCUACAAAAAAGGAAAUGUGGCCAGGGAUACUUUCUGAACCAGGAAACAAAAACUCCUAAGGGGGAAGCAUUUUUCAAAGGUAAAGCAAAACAGCAUGUAGUUGGGCCAUCAGUAGCUUACGCCUGUCAUCCUAGCUACUACUCGGGGAGGCUGAGACACAGGAGGAUCGCAGUUCAAAACCAGCUCAGGCAGACAAAUCCAAGAGACCAUUUACUCUCUCCUGAUCCGCCGAGAAGUCAGAAAUCGCGCUGUGGCUCAAGUGGUAGAGUACCAGCCUUGAGCAGCAAGGCUAAGGAACGGUGCCUAGGGCCCCGAGUUCAAGCCCCAGGAGGGGCACCAAAAGGAAAAACAAACUGAAGGAAAAAAAACCACCCUCUGAUCGUCCUCGGGAAGUUCCUUUGCCAGGCCUCCCAUCCUCGGGCCCACUGUGUGUGCAGGCUUGAGAUUUCUACAGCAAUAAAGGAGACUCGCCCUGGGCCGGGACUAUAGGCUCGCCCCUCAGCCCCCUCUCCAGCAACUGACUCUGGAGUGGGGGUGUCUCAGCCCACCGAACCCGACUUACGACAGACAGAGGG